AUGUUUCAAGGGCAGCGGGGCUGGUUCUGCGGCAGCGUCGGCGAGGAACUGAGGCAGUUCUGGGUGGACGAAGGGGGCUCCAUCAGUGACCCAAGGGCUGCCGACUUCUUGUUCAGCUGUGAUGCCUCCCACCCAGACACGCUGAGAAUAUAUCAGAGCCUUGAUUACAUAGAAGACAAUGCUACAGUUUUUCACGCCCACUAUCUCUCUGCAGUCGCUAAUGCUGAAAUAAAAAACUCGGUGACUUUAGGUCAUUUCAUUCUUCCCCCUGAGUGCUUGCAAAAAGAAAUAAGAAGAAAACUUGGCAAUUUCAUUUGGGAACAAGACCAACAUUUUCAGAUAGAAAAGCAUUAUGAAGUAACACCAAAUGAAAUAAAAGCCCUUAGGGAAAACAGUGAACUAGAAACAGAUCGCAAAAAGGAAUUAUCCAAAAGCACAGAAAAACAUUUUAUAAGGACUCCAGUUACAGAAAAGCAGAUGUACUUCCCUCUUCAGAAUUAUCCAGUAAACAACAUGGUAACAGGUUAUAUAUCAAUUGAUGCCAUGAAGAAAUUCCUUGGGGAGCUACAUGACUUUAUUCCUGGAAGCUCAGGAUAUUUGGCAUACCAUGUUCAAAAUGAAAUUAACAUGUCUGCUAUAAAAAACAAAUUGAAGAGAAAAUGUUAA